GUGAGUCUGUUGAGGUUUAGUUCUUUCAUCUCGCUGAUGCUUUAAUAAAGUUCUCUCUCUCAGAUUUGUCUCAAGGUGUGUUUUCGUAAAAUUUUACUGUUAAACAUUUCUGUAGAAAUUACAGUAUAACUGUCAGCUUUUUGAGUUAAAUGAACAUUAAACAUUAAAGGUGCAGUGUGUAAUUUUUAAAAGGAUCUCUUGACAGAAAUGCAAAAUAAAAUACAAAACUAUAUUAUCAAGGGUGUAUAAAGACCUUUUUAUAAUAAACCAUUAUGUUUUUAUUAUCUUAGAAUGAGACAUUUUUAUCUACAUACACAGAGGGUCCCCUUACAUGGAAGUCGCCAUUUUGUGCCGCCAUGUUUCUACAGAAGCCCUUAACGGACAAACUUUUUUUACUAAGUUGUCUCCGACGAUGACAUGUUUGUCUGAUGGCAGCUACCGUAGCUUCUCUAUGUGUUUCAAAAGCGAGGGGUGAGCAGUGGACUGAGCCGUUGGUUGCAAUUCACAACCUCACCACUAGAUGCUGCUAAAAUUACACACUGCACCUUUAACAAGGCUUUGUCUUUACAGAUUAAACUAUGAAAUAUCAGCUUCAUACAAAGCAUUCUGGGAACCAGAAAUCCUCAUUAAACGUUUUCUGUUUUUUCCUUCAGAUUUUGUUUCCAGAAUGUUUUGCAUGAGGCUGAUAUUUUAUAGUUUUAUUCUCUAAAGACAAAGACUUGUUAAUGUAUAAUGUUCAUUUAACUUUAAACAAACUGUUAGGCAGUAAAUAACAUGAAUUUAAAUCUACAGUAAGUUUCUGGCAAACAGCUGCAAAACUACAGCAAAACUUUGACAUUGUUGACUUUAAAAGAAAUGUUUGAGUUCAUAUUCAGAUCUGUGAGACUUUGUAUUUUUGCAAAUGAAUGUGCAGUUUGAGACAUUAAUGCUUAAAACCCCAGACUCAGAAAAAAACAUGAUGUUUACAGUAUGAUUUCAGUGACGUGCGGUUCAUUCAAAGUAUGUCAACACUUUAUCUGUUAUCCCUGGAAAUUGAUCUUGUGUUUAGAUCGCUUGGAGAAAUAUCAGAUUUCGUUUGCUUUUGAUGUUUAGAGAGAUAUUCAUUUUCUCAUUUGGGAUUUCACUUUUCUACAAAUUAGAGGUCAAGCAAGGUCAAUCCCAAAUUUUGUUGUGAUUCAAUUUUAGUGAAAUUAGCUUAAACUGCACAUUUUACAAAUAUUGCAUAUAAAGCAGCUUCACAUAAAAAUAUGCUGGAAUACGUUGAAUACAUAUUGAUCAGAAAGCUAAAUAAUCAAAUUGUAUUAUGUUAUACUGUAUGAGACUGCAGGACAUUUAGUCAAUGUAUAACAGGUAUUAUAUGAAACCAGACCAGCUUACAUGGAAAUGAAACUUAAAAGAAGAGAAAGUGAUUUAGGAACAAUAAAGAAGUUGCUGCAAUACCAUAAAAUAAUCAUGUCAAACAUCAAAGAAAGUGCAGGACUUCCUACAAGACCAUAUUUGUCAUGACUUCCUUUUUACUGUAAAAACGAAACUAAUGUAGUUCGCCUCCGAUUGAACCCACGAGCAAAGGAAAGCAAUGAACCAAUCAGAGGCCAGAGAAGCUGAAGUUAAACCGACAGAUGAGCAGAUGGUAGUCAGUCAGGUAAACUACUGCUGAGAGAGAAAUACAAACAUGAGAUCAAUUCCAGAAAGCAUCAAGAUCUUAUACUAUGCCAACACAUCUGGUGAAGCGUAUGUAGAGAUUGUUUCUGUAAAACAGCAGAAGCGUCGGCCGAGUGUCUGUAGCUAUGAGGACUCUGAAUCUGAAGACCUGCUGCCGGUGUUAACAGACCACAGUCACAUUUUCAAAGAGCAUCACCUUGAUAAACUGGUCAAUCACAUGCCAGCACGAACUCGAGAAGAUCAAUGGAAACUAGUUUACAGUACAGCCGUACACGGCACCAGUUUGAGAACACUAUACAGACAGAUGUCAGAUAUAGACCGACCGGUUCUCAUGGUCAUUAAAGACAUGGACAACCAGGUGUUUGGAGCGUUUUCUUCUGAUCCAUUUAAAGUGAGCAGCUGCUGUUAUGGGACAGGAGAGACGUUCCUCUACAGCUUCAGUCCUGAGUUUCAGAUUUUCCGCUGGAGUGGAGAAAAUUCCUACUUCCUUAGAGGGUUCCAGGACUCUCUUCAGAUGGGAGCCGGAGGAGGACACUUUGGCUUGUGGCUGGAUGCCGAUCUUCAUCGCGGCUCGACUUAUUCAUGCAACACUUUCUGCAAUCGACCUCUCUCCCGACAUCAUGACUUCCACAUUCAAGAUCUGGAGGUGUGGACCUUCAUAUGAAGAGAAAUCUCUGAUCUGUUGUUUCUCACCAUUGCAAAAGGUGUUAUCUGCUGUGAAAUUAUGAAACACACAAACCAUCCGUUAAACUUGUGUCAUUUGACUCCUAACGUUCAGUUAAAACAGGAGCGGGAUCAGGAACAGGUUGAGACAGGAUUACAGUUUAAGUUUCUAUUUCCAGUAACUGUACGAAUCCUGUGAAAGUCUAAAGAGGAUUAACAAAACCUGAAACUAAAAACCUGAAAACAACGACUACUACUGUGCUGCAUGUGCUUCAGCUAAGAGGAGGUGACUGCGAGGGAGCUCAGUGGAUUUUGAACCCUUAAAUACUACUUAGAAAUAAACUUACACAACAUUACACAAACUUUUAAAUGCACUUGUUAUAGAAAAAUGAUUUACAUGUCAUAACUGCAAAUGGAUUCGCAUUAGAAAAGAAAAAUGUUUGGAUGUUUGUUUUUCAACAAAUUAUUUUUUUACUCUAUUUAUCUUGUUUGAUGUGUGUAAUGUUGUCGUUGUUGAAUUGUGUUUAUCUCAUUCAGUGCUGGCACUGCAUUUGUAAACCUUGACAUUGCUAAUAAAUAGGUUGUUUUUCUAA